AUGGAAGCCGCGCGCGCCCUCGCCCAAGAACUCCACAAGAAUAAAGUGCAACUAGUCUACGGCGGCGGCACAACUGGACUAAUGGGCGAAGUUGCCCGAGUCCUCGUCUCCCUCUCAGGCCCCAAAGCCGUACACGGCAUCAUUCCACGUGCACUCGUGAAAGUCGCCACAGUCAAUGGCAUGCGCGCGCACCAGGGCACCGGCGACUCAAAUGCCGGCAAAGUCGCUGAGCGGGUCGUUGACUCGGUCGAGGCUGACGGCAUUCCCGAGUCGGAGUACGGUAUGACCACUAUCGUGCCUGAUAUGCAUACGCGGAAGCGUUUGAUGGCUACGAAGGUGCUGGAGGGCGGACCUGGCUCUGGUUUCGUUUCGUUGGCUGGUGGAUUUGGGACUAUUGAGGAGGUUAUGGAGAUGACGACUUGGAAUCAGCUGGGCAUUCACAAGGUUGGAGUUGUACUGCUCAACAUCAAUGGAUACUGGGAUGGGCUACUCUCUUGGGUGCGCAAUGCUGUGAAGGAGGGCUACAUUAGUGCUGAGAAUGGAGAGAUUUUGGCCGAGGCCAAGGAGGUCAGCGAGGUUUGGCCGAAGCUGCUGGCUUAUCGGGCUAGCAGUGGAAGAAUGAAUUUGGACUGGGGGCAGGAGUGA